GAUGUCGAACCAAUGGGCUGUCAGACCAGUGGGCAGUUCCCAUUUUGCUAGACACAUUUUAAAAUAUAAAUAGGCCUACAACAUGCUUAUGUUUUUAGCACAAGCCUAUGGCAUUUCACAUUGUAUAAAUUAGCCUAGCGGCUAGCAAAGAUUUCCUCAACACAUACGAAGCCAGGGACAACAUUUAUCAAAGGUAACGUUGCAAAGUUUGGUUGCAUUACUCACAAGGUUCACCGACAAUACAGCUGUCUAAUACUAAACACAUUUUCCAAACAAAUACAACAUGCUAACGAUAUUAGCCUAAGCCUAUGGUAUUUUACAUUGUAUAAACUAGCCUAUAUACUAUACACAAUAGCCUACGCCGUUGAGAGCAUUUAUACUUGUGCUGUUGUUUGUGUCACUCUGCAGUUACACCUCCAGAACACUAGUUGGCGGUGGACUUUCUGUGAAGUGCUGUAAAAGUUGACUGCUUCAAAACACACAUUAAACAUGGCUUGCUGGACACAUUUUCGCCACAAAUACAACAUGCUAAUGUUUUUAGCACAAGCCUAUGACAUUUUACAUUGUUUGAAUUAGCCUAGCGGCUAGCAAAGAUUUCCUCUACUCGUAUGAAACCAGGGACAAUAGCAAGUUAACAAAGAUAGAAACUCUCCGGCUGUGUGUGGACCACUAUCACUCACUAUGCUCUGACACCCAACUGCCCGCAGACAGCUGCAGGAUGGCCGGGAGCUUCUUGAAAGGACGCUUCCUCUCCUUGUUCGACUACAAAACGGAAAAAUACAUUGUCGCCAAAAAUAAGACAGUUGGAGUUUUGUACAGACUUAUUCAGUUAUCUAUCAUCGGGUACAUUAUAGGAUGGGUUUUCAUAGUAAAGAAAGGCUACCAGGAGACAGAUGAGGCUAUCCAGAGCUCUAUUAUAACUAAACUGAAGGGAGCCUCAGUGACGAACACCACUGAGUCUGGUCUGCUGGUGUGGGGACCAGAGGACUAUGUCAUCCCACCACAGGGUGAAGCUGUUCUGUUUGUUGUAACCAAUUUCCUAGAAACACCAAACCAGAAGCUGGGAUACUGUGCUGAGAGCCUCAAGGUGCUGGAUGGCCACUGUCAAGAUGACGAGGACUGUGAAGAGGGGAGGAUGGUGGUGUCUGGUCAUGGGAUGAUGAGCGGCCGAUGUUUAAGAUACGAUAAAAACUCCACUGGUACCUGCGAAAUCUACGGCUGGUGUCCCAUUGAAAGAAAAUUGAAACCACAAGACCCGCUGCUGAUACACGCUGAAAACUUCACCAUUUACAUCAAGAAUUUCAUCCAAUUUCCAAAAUUCGAAUUUUCAAAGUCCAACGUUUUCGAAACAAAUGAUCACUCCUAUUUGAAGACAUGUCGAUUUGAUGAGGAGUUCCACCCCUACUGCCCCAUCUUUCGCCUGGGUGACAUCACCAGGCGAGCCCGACACAACUUCCACGACAUGGCGACAUCGGGUGGCUCCAUUGGCAUCAUGAUAAAGUGGGACUGUGACCUUGACAAAGGUUACUCUCACUGCCAUCCACAGUACCACUUUACUCGUCUGGAUGUCUCCAACAUGACUGUCGUAAAGGGGUUUAACUUCAGACACAGUCGGUAUUACCAAAACGCUGAUGGUGAGACCUAUCGCUCUCUAUUCAAAGUCUAUGGCAUCCGAUUUACCAUCAUGGUGCACGGAAAGGCCGGGAAGUUCAGCAUCGUCCCAACAGCCAUCAAUGUUGGUUCAGGGCUGGCUCUGAUGGGUGCUGGAGCUUUCUUCUGUGACAUGGUUCUUCUCUACCUGUUGAAGAAGGGCGACUCUUAUCGACAGAGGAAGUUUGAAGCAGCCAAAGGUAUGGAGUCAACAUCUGAAGACAACUGUGUGAAAGACAGAAAGGAUGCCAUGGAACAGGAGAAUCUGACGUCUUAGUCUUUUCACCACAUAAGAUGAGUUUGCACCAUGCUCUUGCUGGUUAUACUGUAGUAUAACAAUCUGUAUUAUAUAUUAUAAAAAUGACAAACAGCAGUACAGUACGACUUAUGUUGUACUGUUGUGGAGCUCUUGUUAGAUGGGGCACCUUUUUGCCUUAAAUUUGUAAGAACUCUAUUUUUAUAACUUGAAAACACU